AGUCACAACACCUUUUUUGCUCCACAAACUGGACUCUUUCAGUGUUUUAUGCUAUGGGACCCUGCAGAGCUUCGAGUCAAUCUCGACGAAACACAGCCAUCGCUGCCUGCUCAAUUGAAGACCAAGAUUUUUGAGAUUGGCAAGGGAUUUAUGCAGAGUGUAUGGGAGCUCAUCAGGUCGAACAAGCUCCCUGGUGUCGCAGAUGACUCUCUUGUCUCUCAAUCUUUGCGUUUCAUAUCCACCGCAAUUUGGUCGGGAUACUAUAAGUCACUUUUCUCUUCGCGCGAUACCAUUGCCUCUCUCGUACAAGGCGUC